CUCAGGGGGGGACAAAUUUGGCAGGGGGGCGAAAUUUGCCAUGACAGCACAUGAUCUCUUCUGAAUAACAAGGUUGGAGUUUGAUCGCUUCUUUCAGUAUGGCUAUGCCGGUGUUGAUCAGCGCUGAGACGGUGGAGAAGCUUCUACGGUACGGGGAGUUGGUUCCCCGCUUGGAAGUCGCCUUAGGAAAGUUUUCCAGUGGAAAAGGAGAAAUUGUGCAGCCUGUCCGAUCCGUGCUUGCUAUAGAGAAAUACAAUGGCUACUUAGGUGUCAUGCCUGCCUACAGUGCACAUGAUGACGUUUUAGCUACAAAGAUAGUUGCGUUCUACCAGCGGGAUCAGCCUUCCUCUAUCCCGGCGCAUCAGGCCAGUGUCCUACUCUUCGACCCAGAGCACGGCACCCUGAAGGCUGUUAUGGAUGGCACAGUGAUUACUGAGAAACGGACUGCAGCCGUCUCUGCGAUUGCAACGAAGUUCCUAAAGCCUGUCCAGGCAGAUGUGCUGUGCAUCCUGGGAUCUGGAGCUCAAGCUGUCAGCCACUACAAGAUCUUCACUGAGAUGUUCUCGUUUAAAGAGGUAAGAGUGUGGGGCAGGACGAAGGAAAAUGUCGACAGGUUUGCUCGAACUGUCCGAGGCCCAGUCCGGGUUUGCUCAUCAGUAAAAGAGGCAGUGUUGGGAGCUGACGUCAUCGUCACAGUCACCAUGGCAACCGAACCCGUGCUGUUUGCCGAAUGGGUGAAGCCUGGCGCACAUAUUAAUGCGGUGGGGGCGUGUCGGCCGGACUGGAGGGAGCUGGACGAUACGCUGAUGAAGAGCGCUGUCCUGUAUGUGGACACUCGAGAAGGAGCCAUGAAGGAGUCUGGGGAUGUCAUUCUCUCGGGGGCAGAGAUAUUUGCUGAGCUGGGGGAGGUGGUGAAUGGAGACAAACCUGCCCUGCAUGAGAAAACCACGGUGUUUAAAUCACUGGGAAUGGGUAUUCAAGAUGCUGUUGCUGCAAAACUGGUGUUUGACUCCUGGAACGCUCAGCAGUGAAGAUCUAAGCUGGUGAAUGGUGGAGGGGUACACCUGCUGGCCUGCCUGGAGGUCGUCCCAUCCGAAGGACUGUGACCACCGGCGUAGUUUUAGCUAGGGACGGUAGGGACAUGUCCCUACCAAUGUCAAGGGACAGUUGAAUUGUCCCUACCAAUAAUUUUGAUAAAUCUGAAACGUCUUUUGUCAAGUCAUUUUAUCCGCUCCACAAAGGGUUAACUCUCUCACGCUCCCCUUGUUACUCCUCCCUCCUCCAAAAAACAAACAAAAAAACCCCCGCUAAUUUGAAAGGUAAAUAUCCGGGUUUAAAAUAAAAAAAAUUCUAGUCAUUCUUAAAUGGUGUAUAUUGUGCCACAAUUUUCACAUUUAUUUUAAAAAAUAAGAAUAAAUAUAAUCAGUGUAAUUCGAUA